AGACUGCGUAUACGGCCUACCUUUGUAGAGCAGCUAGUAAGUUCCGGUUAGUGAAGUAAGACUUUAGAUUAAAAAAGUUCCGGUAACGGAACAUUUGCUGGAAUAAUGGCACAUUAGAAUUUCCAACAAACAAGAUAUUGUCCGAUGUCUUGUUACGAUUGAAGAAUUUCAGCAGAACAUGUCAGGUCUUUAGGAACACAAAAAAUGUCACCUUAGGUAACUAUCCUUCUGUAUAUCUCUAAGGCUAGUUCUAUGUGUUCACAGACUUCGCGCCUUAAUUUGAUUUAAUAGCAGAUACGUCCGAUUUUGGCUCAAAAUUCUGAAUACCCGAGGCCUUGCCGAACUAACUUUGCUUGACCUAGCGAGUUUUGGGACUAAAACCCACUCACCGGGCUAUCGCUAUUUCACUCAAGACGAGGGGCGACGCAUGGCAAAUCCCGCCCACGUUUCAAAGGUGCGGGCAUUGUACAAACGGAUUCUCCAGCUGCACCGGUUUUUGCCGAUAGACCUACGGGCCCUGGGUGACCAGUAUGUCAAAGACGAAUUCAGAAGACACAAAUCGGCAAACCCGGCGGAAGUCAAGUCCUUUAUGACCGAAUGGGAGAGCUACAGGGACACGCUGCAGACGCAGGUGCUGGACUCGGCGUCCGGCGGGAGGGCGGGGGGGGCGUUCGGGGCGGAGCUGUCCGAGGAGAAGCUGAAGCAGUUCCAGGACGAGCAUUUCGGGCAGCUGUACCAGCUGAUGCUGGAGUCCACCAAGCCCAACCCACAGUUCCACAUACAAGAGGACGGCCAGCAGAAGUGAGGGGGGGCGGAGUCAUGGGCGGAGCCUCAACCACGGCUUCACAUACUGGAGUUAGUGGGGGGGGCGGAGUCAUGGGCGGAGCCUCCCAGCCCAUCGCACACUUCCACAUACGGGAGUGGGGGGCGGGGUCAGAGAUGGACAUGGGCGGAGCCUCCCCCCACCAACCCACGGUUUCCACGGUGAACGUUAAACUGGUAAACUGACUGUGAUUAUAAUAAGUGCGUAAUUAUAAUAAAGUUUCAGAUACCCGGUCGA